AGCCUUAUUUAUUACACACCAAAGUAUAAAACCAUCCAGCUGCCUGCGGUUCUCAUCUCCAGCCCUGGCAUUUGAGGGAGGAGAUCACUGCGCCUUCAGCACCCGUCAUCUUCCCAAGGAAGCUCUGUGGCUCUGUUGAGAAUCAUGCUCGGGACGCAGCUCAUCCGUUGGCACGUGCUGGCUUUGCUUUUCCUCCCAUUUUGCCUGUGUCAAGAUGAAUAUAUGGAGGUGAGCGGAAGAGCUAAUAAGGUGGUGACGAGAAUAGUGCAGAGCCACCAGCAGACUGGCCGUAGCGGCUCCAGGAGGGAGAAAGUGAGAGAGCGGAGCCAUCCUAAAACUGGGACUGUGGAUAAUAACACUUCUACAGACCUAAAGCCCCUGAGACCAGAUGAGCUACCACACCCUGAGGUAGAUGACCUAGCCCAGGUCACCCCGUUCUGGGGCCAGUCCCCACAAACUGGAGGAAUGGCCCCAGACUGCAGCAAGUGUUGUCAUGGAGACUAUGGCUUCCGUGGGUAUCAAGGUCCCCCUGGGCCUCCAGGACCUCCUGGCAUUCCAGGAAACCAUGGAAACAAUGGAAAUAAUGGAGCCACUGGCCAUGAAGGGGCCAAAGGGGAGAAAGGAGACAAAGGUGACCUGGGACCUCGAGGGGAACGGGGGCAACAUGGCCCCAAAGGAGAAAAGGGCUACCCAGGAAUUCCACCAGAACUUCAGAUUGCAUUCAUGGCUUCUCUGGCAACUCACUUCAGCAAUCAGAACAGUGGAAUUAUCUUUAGCAGUGUUGAGACCAACAUUGGAAACUUCUUUGAUGUCAUGACUGGUAGAUUUGGGGCCCCUGUAUCAGGUGUGUAUUUCUUCACCUUCAGCAUGAUGAAGCAUGAGGACGUUGAGGAAGUGUAUGUGUACCUUAUGCACAAUGGCAAUACAGUCUUCAGCAUGUACAGCUAUGAAACAAAGGGGAAAUCAGAUACAUCCAGCAACCAUGCAGUGCUGAAGCUGGCCAAAGGGGAUGAGGUUUGGCUGAGAAUGGGCAAUGGUGCCCUCCAUGGGGACCACCAGCGCUUCUCCACCUUUGCAGGCUUCCUACUCUUUGAAACUAAAUAAAUAGACUAAAUAAAUAGAACAGCUCCAAUAGAAAGACAUAGCCGAGCAGAUAUUAGUAUGAUCUGAGGAACAGUGAAAGUUUGAGAGUUCUACAUGCCUACAUGCUGUAGAAAAAAAAUUUAUUGGUUACACUGCAAAUCAUGCCAUAGGCACACCAAUUAUGUUGGAUGACUCAGGGGCUCAGAAGAGUAAACCACAAAGUAGUCUUCUCAGAGACCUUGAGAAUAUACUCUGCACCUUUAUCACUCUUCCCUAUGUACUUAAAAAAUAAUUAUCCCGAUUCAGGGUGGAAAUAAUUUUUUUACCAAAGAAAUCAUUUGCAAAGAGUUUUGGUGCUUUGGUUUCUGUUUAAUAUCAGCCUUUAGGGAUCCCUGAAGUUUUGAAUUCAUUAUUCUUUACAACAUUUCAGAGAAUAGGUUGCAGAAAAUAGGGGAAGAACAAGGACACU